GGGGGCCGCCAUCUGAACAACUUGUGGUGGGAAAGCAAGGACGGCAACUGGCCCUGCGCUCCACGCGUGGCCACCUCCAGCCCCUCCGGGUCACGGGGCGCUGGUGUGAUUCCCUCGCAAGCGGCGAUUCCCUGCCGACCAGCGCGCUGCUUUAAACCCAGACGGCGAGGAGUGUGUGGCAGCGGGUGGGGGACUAGCCGCCUGAAAUCCAUUCAGCACCGCCCGGCUCACACAGGGGAUCUACAACCGAGCAGCCGCAGCCCUCCCCCCCUCCCCCCGCAAAGGAUCCGGCGUGUGCCGUGUGGGGUGUGUGUGCGGGGGGUUGUUGUUGUUGUUGUUGCGAGCACGCCUCCCCUAGCCGCUCCAUGAGGGGGAGUGGGCGCUCCGCUCUCCUCGCUGCCUGCGCGGGCUUGGAGCAAAGGCGGCAAUCAGCGGCCAGCCCCCGCCUCCCCGACAAACUCGGCUGUGGUCUGGCGACAGCCGCGGUGGGCUCGGGGCUUCUGGCGCUCGCCCGUGCUUCCCUUCGCCGCCCCAGCCCCGCUGCCCUUGGGCGUCUGCUCUCCAGAGCCGGCUGGCGGGUGGAAGUCAGACAAUGAGGCGCUGGGAAACUCCUCUAGGGCACAGCCGCGUUCCGGGAGGAAAAGAGCCUUAGCAGCCCCCCCCCAGCGCACACACCCACCGCUGAGCGCCUCGGCUCGGCCGGAUUUUUUUGCCCGGGUGUAUUUCAGGCCGGUGGGGCAGCUCCCGUCUGCCUGGGCUCCCCCGAUGGUUUUGCCUCGGCUCCGGGAGAGCUUCAGAUCGCACCUCGCCCUCCUGAGCUCCCUCUGCACUAGGAUGUUGCGGCAGGUUUUGCACAGGGGGCUGAGGACGUCUUUUUCCAGACUCGGCCACUUCAUUGCCAGUCACCCGGUGUUCUUCGCCUCCGCACCCGUGCUGAUCUCGAUUUUGCUGGGCGCCAGCUUCAGCAGGUACCAGAUCGAGGAGAGCGUGGAGUAUCUCCUGGCCCCCAAACACAGCCUGGCCAAGAUCGAGAGGAACCUGGUGAACAGCCUUUUCCCGGUGAACCGCUCCAAACACCGGCUCUACUCUGACCUGCAGACCCCUGGGAGGUACGGCAGGGUCAUCAUCACAUCCUUCAGGAAGGCGAACAUGCUGGACCAACAUCAUACUGAUCUGAUCUUAAAGUUACACUCAGCUGUGACCAGGAUCCAAGUACAAAGACCUGGUUUCAAUUACACAUUUGCCCAUAUAUGUAUCCUGAAUAAUGACAAGACUUGCAUAGUGGAUGACAUAGUGCAUGUACUGGAGGAGCUAAAGUCUGCUCGAUCUUCUAAUCGAACUAAUUUUGUUAUCACAUAUCCAAUCACUCACUUAAAGGAUGGCAGGGAAGUGUAUAACGGGCACCAGCUUGGCGGGGUUACCGUGCACAGCAAAGAUCGGGUGAAGUCUGCAGAAGCCAUCCAGCUCACCUACUACUUGCAGGCGAUCAACUCUCUGAAUGACAUGGUAGCAGAAAAGUGGGAAUCCAUCUUUUGUGACACUGUCGAACUUUUUCAGAAAUCCAACAGGAAAGUCAAAAUGUAUCCCUUCACUUCGUCUUCGCUGAGGGAGGAUUUCCAGAAGACGAGCAGGGUGUCAGAACGUUACCUGACCACAGGCCUGGUCCUUGUGGUCACUUUGGCCAUACUCUGCUGUUCUAUGCAGGAUUGUGUCCGCAGCAAACCUUGGCUUGGCCUUUUAGGGUUGUUAACGGUGAGCUUAGCCACUCUGACUGCAGCUGGAAUCAUCAAUCUGACUGGUGGGAAAUACAAUUCCACCUUCCUGGGAAUUCCCUUCAUCAUGUUAGGUCAUGGGUUAUAUGGGACUUUUGAAAUGUUGUCCUCCUGGAGGAGAACUAGAGAAGACCAACAUGUUAAAGAGAGAACUGCAGCUGUGUUUGCAGACUCCAUGCUCUCCUUUUCUCUCACCACUGCCAUGUACCUGGUCACUUUUGGAAUAGGUGCCAGUCCCUUCACUAACAUUGAAGCAGCAAGGAUUUUCUGCUGCAAUUCCUGUAUUGCAAUUUUCUUCAACUACCUCUACGUACUCUCCUUUUAUGGUUCCAGCCUGGUGUUUACUGGCUACAUAGAAAACAACUACCAGCAUAGUAUCUUCUGCAGAAAGGUACCAAAGCCAGAGGUAUUGCAAGAGAAGCCUGCAUGGUAUAGGUUUCUUCUGACAGCCAAAUUCAGCGAGGACACAACCGAUUCAGAGGAAACAAAUACUUAUGAAAGUCAUCUUUUGGUGUGUUUCCUCAAACGCUAUUACUGUGACUGGAUAACAAACACUUACGUCAAGCCUUUUGUAGUUCUCUUUUACCUUAUUUAUAUUUCCUUUGCCUUAAUGGGCUACCUGCAGGUCAAUGAAGGGUCAGACCUUAGUAACAUCGUAGCAACCGCGACACGAACCAUUGAAUACACUACUGCCCAGCAAAAGUAUUUCAGUAACUACAGCCCAGUCAUUGGGUUUUAUAUCUAUGAGUCAAUAGAAUAUUGGAACACAAGUGUUCAAGAAGAUGUGCUAGAGUAUACUAAAGGGUUUGUGAGGAUAUCUUGGUUUGAGAGCUAUUUAAAUUAUCUUAGGAAACUCAACAUAUCUACUGGAUUGCCCAAAAAGAAUUUUACUGACAUGUUGAGGAACUCUUUCCUGAAAGCCCCCCAGUAUGCCCAUUUUUCAGAGGAUAUCAUCUUUUCCAAAAAAUACAACAACGAAGUUGAUGUAGUAGCUUCAAGGAUGUUCUUGGUGGCUAAGACAAUGGAAACCAAGAGAGAAGAACUCUAUGAUCUCCUGGAAACCUUGAGGAAACUCUCUCUCACAUCCAAGGUGAAAUUCAUUGUUUUCAAUCCAUCAUUCGUAUACAUGGAUCGUUACGCCUCCUCAGUGGGAGCCCCCUUACAAAAUUCCUGCAUCAGUGCUUUAUUUCUGCUCUUCUUCUCGGCAUUCCUGGUGGCAGACUCUCUAAUCAAUGUCUGGCUCACUCUAACUGUUGCCUCAGUCGAAUUUGGAGUCAUAGGUUUCAUGACCUUGUGGAAAGUGGAACUGGACUGUAUUUCUGUGUUGUGCUUAAUUUAUGGGAUUAAUUAUACAAUUGACAACUGUGCGCCACUGUUAUCAACCUUUAUCCUGGGCAAAGAUUUCACAAGAACUAAAUGGGUAAAAAAUGCCCUAGAAGUGCACGGGGUAGCUAUUUUACAGAGCUACCUCUGCUAUAUUGUUGGUCUGAUUCCUCUUGCAGCUGUGCCUUCAAAUCUGACCCGUACACUGUUCAGGUGCUUGUUUUUAAUAGCAUUAGUCACCUUCUUUCACUGCUUUGCCAUUUUACCUGUGAUACUGACUUUUGUGCCACCAUCCAAGAAAAAAAGGAAAGAGAAGAAGAAUCCUGAAAACCGUGAGGAAAUAGAGUGUGUCGAAAUGGUGGAUAUGGAUAGUACCCGAGUGGUUGACCAAAUUACAACAGUUUGACUUGUUUGUUUGUUGUCUUUUCACAGUAGGUCUUAUUGAGAGAAAAGAGAUCAUUAUUGACUAAAUAUUGGAUUUUUGAUUUUUCUUUUUCUAAACUAAAACCAAGAAUAGCCAAAAUGGUGGGGGGGGGGGAGGGAAAUUGUACAUUAAUUGGCCUCCAUAACAAAGGUAUUAUUAGUGAAAGAAUUUAUACACACACGCAAAGAGUGUGAAUUUUAGUCACUUGAGGUAAGAUCUAAUAAGGGAAGAUGGGUUACUAAGCCCUGUUCUGCCUUCUCUAUACUGCAGAUACAGCUAUUAUUAUUGCUGAGCCCAAUCAAAUUGAAAGGUCAACUGUCAAGGCU